CGUCCCCACUCUAUAUCUCCUCAGAUCUCUCCCCAAAACCAGGAACCUCCAUAGCCAAAUUAUCCACUUCUUCUGCUCCGGAGAUGCAUUCCACUCUCUCCUUAUCCUUCUCUCAAUCCGCGGCGGCUGUCAUUCCGAGAUCGAGCCUUGCCUCCGUUGAUUCUCCAGCUUUCGCUCAGUCCAAGCCGAUAAACCUCCGGUUCUGUGGACUCCGAAGGGAGGCGUUUGGAUUCUCUUCUCUGAAUAAGUCUUGUUCCCAACGAAUUUGUCUCCCUGCAAAGGGACACGGGAGGAAGGUUUUUGCUUCGGCGGCGGACAAUGGGUCUGCUCCAAAGUCGUUUGAUUAUGAUUUGAUUAUCAUUGGCGCUGGCGUUGGUGGACAUGGAGCUGCGUUGCAUGCAGUCGAGAAGGGUCUUAAAACUGCUAUUAUUGAGGGAGACGUAGUUGGGGGGACAUGCGUAAACAGAGGUUGUGUUCCUUCAAAAGCUCUCCUGGCUGUAAGUGGUAGGAUGCGUGAACUUCAAAGUGAGCAUCACAUGAAGGCUUUGGGUCUACAGGUUUCAGCUGCUGGAUAUGACAGACAAGGAGUUGCUGAUCAUGCAAAUAAUCUUGCUUCAAAAAUUCGCACUAAUUUAACCAACUCAAUGAAGGCACUUGGAGUGGACAUAUUGACUGGUGUUGGUACGAUCUUGGGCCCUCAAAAGGUGAAAUAUGGGAAGGUUGGCUUACCUGAAAAAAUAGUAACAGCCAAAGAUAUAAUCAUAGCUACCGGUUCUGUUCCUUUUGUCCCUAAAGGCAUUGAAGUUGAUGGAAAGACUGUUAUCACCAGUGAUCAUGCGCUCAAAUUGGAGUUUGUUCCUGACUGGAUUGCAAUUGUAGGAAGUGGUUAUAUUGGUCUUGAGUUCAGUGAUGUUUAUACUGCACUUGGCAGUGAGGUAACCUUUAUUGAAGCCCUAGAUCAGCUUAUGCCAGGAUUUGACCCUGAGAUUGGUAAACUGGCCCAGAGGGUGCUAAUCAACCCAAGGAAAAUUGACUAUCAUACUGGAGUAUUUGCGAGCAAGAUCACACCUGCAAGAGAUGGAAAACCAGUCACCAUUGAGCUUAUUGAUGCCAAGACUAAGGAACAUAAAGACACUUUGGAGGUAGAUGCAGCAUUAAUUGCAACUGGAAGGGCUCCAUUUACAAAUGGUCUUGGCUUGGAAAAUAUAAACGUUGUAACCCAACGAGGUUUUGUGCCAGUUGACGAGAGAAUGCGAGUAAUUGACGCAAAUGGCAAUCUGGUUCCUCACUUAUAUUGCAUUGGUGAUGCAAAUGGUAAAAUGAUGCUUGCACAUGCAGCCAGUGCACAAGGAAUUUCAGUGGUUGAACAAGUCACUGGAAGAGAUCACGUGCUUAAUCAUCUAAGCAUCCCAGCUGCUUGUUUCACUCAUCCUGAAAUAAGUAUGGUUGGGUUGACAGAGCCUCAAGCAAGAGAGAAAGCUGAGAAGGAAGGGUUCGAAGUGAGCGUAGCCAAAACUAGCUUCAAGGCUAACACUAAGGCCCUAGCAGAAAAUGAAGGAGAGGGACUUGCUAAGUUGAUAUACAGACCAGAUAAUGGAGAAAUACUUGGAGUUCAUAUAUUUGGGUUGCAUGCAGCUGACCUUAUCCAUGAAGCAUCCAAUGCAAUUGCACUAGGGACACGUAUCCAGGACAUAAAAUUUGCAGUUCAUGCACAUCCAACCUUGUCUGAAGUUCUUGAUGAAUUGUUUAAAUCAGCAAAGGUUAGAGCUCACAAAUCUACCCCGGUAAGUGAACCAGUUGCAGUCUAAAGUUUAUCAUGAUUCAAGAAUCAAAAUACUCUAAAAUUUGAAGAACUUUGCUUGUAUUACGGAGCUUCAGGGAGCCAGGGAGCCAUGCUACUGCAGGUCAGGGAUGAAAUCACGUGUCUGAAAUCUUUUACAGCUUUGUAUCAUGUUUUGUUGAAUUAUUAUCAGAUGAUUUACAUAGAUCAUAGAUCCAUUCAUAACCAUUUGAAUUUGGAAGUUCCCACUUCUAGUUUUGACUUUGUUGGAAAUAAGCAAUGAUAGAUAGUGUUAUAUUUACAUCAAAAUUUUAUCCAUGUAAGUCUAAAGUAAGUGAAUGCGUGGAGCAUGGUAAGGAUUUCCACUUAAACAAAAUUAUUUCUUGAAUCAUGCCUGAUCAGGAUAUUUUUAAGCAUAGAAAAUUGAGUGCAAACUGCACAACAAUAUUCUCUUUCAAGAAACCCUUUUUAUUUUCUCUCUCUUGCCAUUGCAUGGAUGUGGUACUGAAAAGCAUCAAUAGUUUGUCAAUUGCCAGAAAGUUUUCUCAACACGGUAAUUAUAAGCGACAUUGGGUAUGAGAUUGAGAACCACAGAAGUACAUACAAGAUGAACUCUCAGCUACAGGUACAAAAUGUGGAGCAGCACAGGCGAUCAGGAGUCUUUAAAUACGGUCCAUCUGGAACGGAGCGUAGAGAGGGGGUGUUGUAUGGGCAACAUUCUGGCUUGAGAGAUGAGACCAUCUAACAUAAGUUCGAUCAGACUCUUUGAUAGAAAAUGCUUUUGUAACAAGGCACAAACUUGUAGCACUAAUGCAAUAGUGUU